AUGGAUACAACGAAGGUCCAAGAAGAAACGACGCUCCAUUCGUUGUUCAGUCGCAAGGUUGUCCGGGUCAGCGAAAAUCUCGUCGUGAAGUCCGGCACAAACCUCCGUUCCCACGAAGCGCAGACACUCCAUUUCAUUGCAGCAAAUACGACGAUACCAGUACCUAAAGUUCAUGAUGUUCGCUGGCAAGACGGCAAAGUCCUGGAGAUUGUAAUGGACUACAUGCCUGGCAAGCGACUCGAUGAAGCGUGGAAUACUUUGGACCUUGACCAGAAGCUCUCUAUUUCCGACGAACUUCAUUCCUACCUUUCUCAACUUCGCGACUUGAAAGGUGACUACAUCGGGGCUGUUGACCGUGGCAAGGCUUUCAUUGGACGGCGGGCGUCAAUUGAAGGCGGUCCAUUCGAAUCCGAGCUGCAGUUCAACGAGUUUAUCUUAGGGGAUCUUGUUCGGUCAGCACCAGCUCUGAUACGGCAUUACGCCAAAUUCGCGCUUACCGAUAACCAUGAGAUUGUCUUUACUCAUGCUGAUUUCGCUCCGCGGAAUAUUCUUGUGGAAGGAGGCCGUGUUACAGCCAUCCUUGACUGGGAAGAUGCUGGUUGGUAUCCAGAAUAUUGGGAAUAUAUAAAGGCUCUCCAGCAACUAAAACCGAUGCCUGACUGGCCAGAAUACUUGUCCCGUAUCCUUCCUCCCCGCUACGAGAGAGAAUACAUAGGCAUGUCCUUUCUGGCUCUUCUGUUACGUCACUGA